GGUUGAUUAGCGCAUGCGCGGGGGGUCUUACUCUCUUUCGGCGCGGUGCGAGCAGCGGGCAGGAUGGGUCACCAGCAGCUCUACUGGAGCCACCCCAGGAAGUUCGGCCAGGGCUCCCGCUCGUGCCGCGUGUGCUCGAACCGCCACGGCCUGAUCCGCAAGUACGGGCUGAACAUGUGCCGGCAGUGCUUCCGCCAGUACGCCAAGGACAUCGGCUUCAUCAAGUUGGACUAAACACUUCUCAAGAAGAUGAGAUGUCGCAAGGAGACUUCUGGACAUAAUUCUCUGCCUAAUUUGGAUAACCGGGCGCACUAAAUUUACAAAGUCUUUGCCAUGCUAUUUUGUGUAUAAAAUAAAAUGGCUUAACAGUCAA